GGCAGCUGAUCACGGCAUGCGUUUAGAAGUCACAUUUCAUGGAUUUUAAUAAUUGUUUCAAUAUUUUACAUUCUAAAUUUAUCUUCUGAAUAUAAAUGGGCUUCUUUUACAGCGUUGUCAGUUGGCGGUGACGUUGUGUCAGUCAGUAGUUCGUGCUUCUUGACAAGCCUUCACGGUUAGAAAGAAAUCAAGAUGUGCGGGGGGAAAUGUAAUUUACUUACUUUGGCCGUCGCGAAAUGUUGCGAUGUUGAAUGUUGCGAUUAUAAAUGCAGCAAAGCUUAGUUUCUUGAAUUUGUGUCAAAACCAAAAUUUAAAUCAACUGAAAUGUCUUUUUACUAUUGUGGUUGGAAUGGCUGUGGCCAAGUUAGUGGCCAUCCUAUGAUCAUUAGUAAACCAGCAAAACUUUCUUUUGAUGGCCCAAUUGUCAAUGUGUCAUGCACUUGGUCUGUUCUAGCUGUGAUUGCAGGCAAGUCAAUGACGUUCAUGGGUUUUGUAGAAAACAAUAUAAAUGUCCGAAGGGAAAUUUUUCUCAGCAAUAGCGCUCAACCUAUCCAUCUGUCUAGCUGUCAAAGCCGCACAUUGGUUGCAUGUUCCAAAGGGAACUGCUAUGACUACAGUCCAGAAAGCAAUACAUUACGGCAACUCGUUAAGUUCACAACAUCUGAAUUAGACCCCGAGGAAUCAGCUUCUGUUGAUAAUAGUUCAAUUAUCAAAGUUUCUUGCAGUGACUAUGGAUGUUUAGCUCUUUCAAAAUCAGGAAGAGUUUUCACUAUCCCAUCACCUUUAGUCUUACCAGGCUUAGUUGUUACUGAUAUUGCUUGUGGCAAUGAGCACUAUGCACUCUUGACUAAAUGUGGCUUAGUCUAUACUUGGGGAAGUGGCAGUCGAGGCCAACUUGGUCAUGGGGAUCUUGAACCAGAAGAGAAGCCCCGUCUUGUGGAAGCUCUGGCUGGAAUGCAAGUGUGUUGCAUCAGCGUAGGUGCUUGGCACAAUGCUGCAGUAACAUCAAGUGGUGAUCUGUAUACUUGGGGCUGGGGUACUGAUGGUCAGCUUGGAAUUGAUGACAGUGUUACGGACGAUGACCAUGACCAUAGACCUACAGCCUCAAAGAAGCUGAAAACCGAUGCCCAGGUUUCAGUGUUACAGGAAAGGAAUGAGAAGUAUCGAGGAAUAGUGUUGGGGUGUCCUUCUCCGGUUGACACUAGUGCAGAUGUGACUGCUGUCAGCUGCGGCUCACGACACACUGUUGUAUUACUUGUUGAUGGCACUAUAUGGGGUUGUGGAUGGAAUGCUUAUGGUCAACUUGCCUGCCCUCCCGAAGAAUGCAUUAGAAGUAUUUAUUUAAGGAGAGCAGCAUAGCACCAAACCUAGGGGAGAAAGGCAGGAUGAAGGACGGCACGUUUGAGUCUCAGUAUAGUAGAAGAGGAUGAGGACCCAUCUUACACUUUUAG